GGUCAGCUAAACUUCUAUCCCGCAUUCUAUUCUUCUUUGGGGCCGCCACAGCUCCCCGGCCACAGAGGAGAGAGAGAGAGAGAGAGAGAGAGAGAGCCAAUCGAGGAGGGCUGGGGGCAUAUGAUCCAAUGCGCCCGGGGGGGCGUAUGGAGAUAACGUACGCAACUUCGAGCUCGCGCGACCUCGCCGACGAGUCAAGUUCCGGCACCUCCAUGCCGACGAGUCAAGCUCGCCCCGUGAAGGUCAUCCCGUUGCUCCACCCCUCUCCCGUGCCGUCUUCUUCGUUCUCUUCGUCUUCUUUGCCCUUAGGUCCUCUCCUCUCCCGAUGGAGAUCGAAGCUCAAGCGCAUGAGCUUUACCGAAUGGAUUGAGCUCUUCCUCCCUUGUUACCGUUGGAUUCGCACCUACAAAUGGCGCGAAUACCUCCAGGUUGAUCUCAUGGCCGGCAUCACCGUCGGUAUUAUGCUCGUCCCUCAGGCAAUGUCAUACGCGAAGUUAGCUGGGCUUGAAGCAAUAUAUGGGCUCUACUCUGGUUUUGUGCCUAUAUUUGUGUAUGCUGUAUUUGGGUCAUCUCGCCAGCUUGCAAUUGGCCCUGUUGCAUUGGUUUCUCUCCUUGUCUCCAAUGUCUUGAGUGCAAUUGUUGAUUCAUCUGAUGAAUUAUACACGGAACUUGCAAUACUGUUGGCACUUAUGGUUGGGAUACUGGAAUGCAUAAUGGGGCUCUUGAGGCUUGGCUGGCUUAUUCGUUUUAUUAGCCACUCUGUGAUUUCUGGAUUUACAACAGCUUCAGCCAUUGUUAUCGCCUUAUCACAAGCAAAAUAUUUCUUGGGGUAUGAUAUAGUACGAAGUAGUAAAAUUGUGCCACUGAUCAAGAGUAUAAUAUCUGGUCUGGACAAGUUCUCAUGGCCCCCUUUUGUGAUGGGAUCUGUCAUUCUUGCUGUACUUUUGAUUAUGAAGCACUUGGGAAAAUCAAGGAAGCAUUUACGAUUCCUGCGAGCAGCCGGUCCCCUCACAGCAGUUGCUUUGGGUACAACUUUUGUGAAAAUAUUUCAUCCAUCUUCCAUUUCUUUGGUUGGAGAUAUACCUGAGGGCCUCCCAAAAUUUUCUGUCCCCAAAAAUUUUAGUUAUGCAAAGUCUUUGAUUCCUACCGCAAUGCUUAUUACUGGUGUUGCUAUAUUGGAAUCUGUUGGAAUUGCUAAAGCAUUGGCUGCAAAGAAUGGAUAUGAGUUGGAUUCAAAUCAAGAGUUGUUUGGUCUUGGGGUGGCCAACAUCCUUGGUUCCUUCUUUUCAGCAUACCCAACGACAGGCUCCUUUUCUAGGUCAGCUGUAAAUCAUGAGAGUGGAGCAAAAACUGGAUUAUCUGGAAUUAUUAUGGGAAUCAUAAUGGGCUGUGCUCUUUUAUUCAUGACUCCAUUAUUUAAGUACAUACCCCAGUGUGCUCUGGCUGCCAUUGUGAUUUCGGCUGUAUUGGGCCUGGUUGAUUAUGAUGAGGCCAUCUUCUUAUGGCGUGUUGAUAAGAAGGAUUUGCUUCUUUGGACAAUUACUAGCACUACAACUCUGUUCCUUGGCAUUGAGAUUGGUGUCCUUGCUGGGGUUGGCGUUUCCCUUGCUUUUGUCAUCCAUGAAUCAGCAAAUCCACAUAUUGCUGUCUUGGGGCGUCUUCCAGGCACAACUGUUUAUAGAAACGUUGAACAGUAUCCAGAAGCAUACGUUUACCAUGGGAUUGUGAUUGUUCGGAUUGAUGCGCCUAUUUAUUUUGCAAAUAUAAGUUACAUAAAGGACAGACUACGAACAUAUGAAGCUGGUGUUGAUGGAUCUAAGAGACGGGGACCAGAAGUUGAAAGAGUUUAUUUUGUGAUUAUUGAGAUGGCACCUGUUACAUAUAUAGACUCUAGUGCUGUUCAGGCUUUGAAAGACUUGCAUCAAGAAUACAAAUCACGUGACAUUCAGAUUGCCAUUUCCAAUCCAAACCGAGAAGUUUUGCUCACCCUAUCAAGAUCUGGUGCAGUAGAUCUGAUCGGUAAGGAGUGGUACUUUGUGAGAGUCCAUGAUGCAGUUCAGGUAUGCUUGCAGCACGUCCAAAGCUUAAAUGAAAAGCCUAACACAUCCGAUACCUUUCCGUUCCAAAGACUACUAAAACAGAGAGCAGAGUACUUAACCAAUGUUGAAUUGGAGCUGGGCGAGGGAAGACCUCCAACCUCCAGGGAUGGUGACCCUCAACUGGAGCCAUUGUUAUCUCGGAAGUCCUAAAAUCUAUUGUAAUGUUUAGCACAUAUAGAUUGAUGCCAUUUUUUAGCUAGGCAGUAGGAAUAGUUAUUCUUGAUUCCCAUUUUUUUAUGAGGUUUGGUUUUGAUUCUUUUCUUGUUAUCCUAUUCUGUGAAAAAAGAAAAAAAGAAAAAGGCCGUACCCAGUGCACAAGGCUCCCACUUUGAGUGGGAUCUGGGAGAGGUGGAUGUCGACAAGCCUUAUCCCCAUUUUUGGAGAGGCCGCUCCCAAGUCUCGAAUCCGAGACCACCCAUACCGAGGCGGAGGCACUUGCUAUUGCCCCAAGGCACGACCUCUAUGUUCCUAUUCUGUAAAAUGUAACAUAAUUUUACAUUAUAGUGUAUCAAUUUUCAUUAUAUUCAAAGAACAGCUUGUUCAUGCUGUAACAAAUGCACUCAUUGUACGUGUCAUUAUUUUAGAGUGGCACCAUUUAUAUUUUUCCCCAGUGUUCAACUC